GAAAGAGACUGAGGAAAGAAUAGAUUGAUAGAUAUAAUUUUGAAAAUGUUGAUUCAAAACGAUUGAAAAUGUUAAUUUAAAAAAUUCGUUUAUAUCUUCCAUCGAUAUAAGUUAUAAUUGAAUAUAUUUGACUUUAUGUUAAUUUAAUUCGUUUACAUAACGAAUAUUAUCGCAUCGAGCGAUAUUUCAUCAUUUAGCAGUAUUUUAUAUGCAUUUGUAAAAAAUAUACGAAUUGUCGUUUAUAAUUAAUCGGUUAAUCGUAGUUGAAUUUAUAACAAUAUUUAUAUUUUAAAUGGCAGAUUAUAUAAAGUCGCGUUCAUUAUAUCGACUAUACAUGUGUAAUUAAUCAGUGCAUUUGACAUACAAUGUUUGUUAAUGGUUAUUGUUAUUACAUUUAGGUGUAUUUCCUAAAUAUAGAAAUGUACAAUACAACAUGACAUAAAUUGAUCUCCAAAUACAAUAUAGAAUAGAUUUAUUAUAAUGGGUAAUUGUAUACGAAGUAUAAUACAAAGGUUACAAAAGAAGAAAUGCUCCGAAAAAUUCAAAUAAAACUACAUUACCUACAAUGGGAUUUCACGUAGUAUCUUUAAAAUAUAAAUCAUACACUGUAAAAAUUUAUGAUAUCGGUGGUAGCUCUCAAAUCAGAUCCUUGUGGCCAAAAUAUUAUAACGGUAUACACGGCCUUAUAUAUGUAGUGGAUGCUAGUGAUAUUUCCCGCUUUACAGAAAAUAAAGUUGUAUUUGGUGAAUUAAUUUCACACGAAUAUAUUUCGGGGAAACCAUUGUUGUUGCUUGCAAACAAACAGGAUAUAAAUGGAGCUAUUGAUGAAUUAGAUCUUGUUGAAAAUUUGGACAUAGAACAUGCCGCUAACACUAUGAAAUGUCCUACAAGAGUAGAAAUAUGUUCUUGUACUUGGAAAGAUCAGUCAAAGGAUAAUACUAUAGGUAUUAAAAAUGGAUACAAAUGGCUGCUAGAUAUAAUAGUGAAAAACUAUACAGCUUUAAAUAACAAGGUUAAAAAUCAAAAUGUUCAAAGCGAAAGAAAUAUCGAAGUACAAAGUAUAACAUUAGAUUCACCAUCAAAACUAUCAAUUCGUUCGAAUCCCUUUAAGCCAAUCAAAGAAUUAGUCUUGAAAAAGGUAUAGUAACAAAUGGAAAAAAGUUAAAGAAAAUGUUUACAUAUAGAAAUAAGACUGCACCACUUACUACCGAAGAAUCUGUCAUUGAAAUUAACGAUGUAUCACAGUCUGUUAAAUUUACUCCAAAAGCAUUAGAACCUCAAGAAAAUAUUCAGACACUUCCACCAAUAUUAAAUCCAAUAGCACUGGAUACAUAUUCAAAUGCAAUUAGAUUAAAAAAUAGUCGUCCGUAUACAGCUCCAGAGCGAUCUCAACGUUUUACAAAUAAGAUAACAGUAAUUAACAUUCCCGGAUAAGUAGCAUAAGAAUAAUAUUUUCAAUUAUACAAUAUGGGACCAUGAUUAAAGAAUAUGAUACAACGUAUUUAACAUUGUAUUCGGACAAAAUAUUUUAACAACGAAUUUUUUAUAUUUAUCUGAUAUAACAUAAAAAAAGUGUUAGCAACGUUUACUUUUUACGAUGUGAUCGGUUGUUUAUGUAAAUAUCUGUAUACAUACAUUUGUUCUAGUCAUAAAAUAUAUCGAUAUAAAUAUUUUCUUCACCGUUUACGAUAUAAUAUAUAUUUAAUUUACAUUUAAAUUAUAUUUAAAUUAUUUAAAUUAUAUUACGAUGUAUAUUUUCGAACUAUACAUAUUCUUAGUUCAAUAUUAAACACCAUUUAUUUUUUACUUAAACUUUAUUAUAUAUUGUACAUUUGCAUACAAUAUUAGAGUACAUAAAAGUUUGGCAAAUAUAUGUACUACAAUAUAUGAAAGACUUACAAAAGCUAUAGUAUAAAGACAGUAAAAAACUUUUGAUACAGAAUGGCAGUAAAAGUGCAUAAAAAUUGUAUCAUAAAGCAUCCUUAUCACAAAUAUUGUAAGUAGUUCCGUAACAUUAUCUUAUCUGUAACAUCUUGUUGAGCAACUACUUUAUAUAUAUAUAUAU